CACCAAACAUCCUGCAUGAAUCCAAACAAAAACCUAAAGGAGAACAAGGACGAGAACUCCAUCAGCCUCCUCCACCUGUUCCUCCGCCCGCAGGUGAACAUCGCCGGAUCCUUUAACGUCAUCCGCCUGUCGGUCGGGGAGAUGGGGAAGAACGAGCCCGACGCCGACGGACACCGCGGCUGCAUCAUCAACACGGCCAGCGUGGCGGCGUUCGACGGACAGAUUGGACAAGCUGCGUACUCGGCCUCCAAAGGCGGCAUCGUGGGGAUGACGCUGCCCAUCGCCCGGGACCUGGCGCCCAUGGGCAUCAGGGUCCUCACCAUCGCCCCGGGCCUCUUCGCCACGCCGCUGCUGUCCAGCCUCCCGGAGAAGGUCCGGUCCUUCCUGGCCCGCCAGGUCCCGUUCCCGUCCCGCCUGGGGGACCCGGCCGAGUUCGCCCACCUGGUCACGUCCCUGGUGGAGAACCCCAUGAUGAACGGCGAGGUGGUGCGGCUGGACGGCGCCAUCCGCAUGCAGCCCUGAGGGGCGGAGGGGGCGGGGCCGCAUGCAGCCCUGAGGGGCGG